AUGGAGGUGGGCUGCCUUCUUCUCUUUCAAACCCUCUCCUCUCCUCUCAUUCGCCCUCCUCUCCGUCGCCAUUCCUGGCCAGUCCCGUCCUCGCCUCUCCUUAGAGCCUCCUCUUCCCCUCCGCCUAUUCCCUCUCCUCCCUCGGCUUAUCCUCAGGGGGCUUACAGAGGCCCGAAACCCCGGCGGGAUUUGGUAGGCGACUGGGUCUCCAACAACGAUGGGUUCGUCCGGAGCUUGCCCAUCUUCGUGGGCGGCCUCUCCUUGCUCGCUGUCCUCCUUAACCGCGCCUUCUCCGGCAUCGCCCCCGAGUUCUUGAACGACGACGGCGACGAGAUGAGGGUUCUGAGCUCCACCGCCCCAUCCUCCACUCCCUUCCUUCAUCGCCGUCUUUUUUCUAGAAUCGAAUCAAAGCUGCACACGGUCUCUCUUGGCCUCUCUUUCCCCAUCUGUUCUUGUUGGUUUCUCUCUCUCCUUCGGAGGGAAAUUACAUGUGCCGAAUUGUGGUUUUCGUUCGUUCGGGAGUGAUUUCUCUGGAGAUGGUUCCGUCUAUCAUCCGGAAAGGUAUAUCUUCCAAUUGAUGCUUCUAUGGUUCCUUUUUUUUUUCACUUUUCCUUGUAUUUGUGGUAUUUUGGCACAUGGAAAAUUUGUAAUCUUGUCAGUGUUUCUGUUCUUGGUUUUUGCUUAUUGGAAUUAGGGUUUGUUUUUGGUUCUUUUUGUUCUUGAACCAUUUCGUAUAUGUUGUAUAUUGAUGCAGUGCACAUAUUUUAGGGCACGAAAGCAACCAUUACCUCGCAUUCUUUUCUUUAUCAUGUUCUUGAUGGUUGGUAUAUCUUUUCCCCUCUGUUCUUGUUUUUUUCUG